GUGACGUAAGGCGGCCAUUUUCUGUUUUUGGAGUAAAAACUUAUCAGAAAUUUGGUUUUGUUUUGAUCAAAACGAAGUGUCAAAAACCGUCAAUUUGUUGAAAUUUUCAUUUCAACUCGUUCUGCAAGGAUGAGUGCUAUAUCGGGCUUGACGCAGAGUUCAUUGGCUUCAGAGGGAAGUCAAAUACAGAUGCACAUACCUGAGGAACCACCAAAGUCAAGUGAAGAUGCCCUGGAAUUUAUAUCCAGCAUAGGCGACGAUGAUUUCAGAUAUCUUGUCUUUGGUGAUUCUCUCGUCACCACAUCUGACACCGGAAAAGAAGUCGGAGAAUUCACUGUAACUAUCGAACCAACGAAGCACAAAGGCGAGGAAUGCUUCCUGAUUCACGCAAACAGUCAUGGUAUUGUCGACACCGUUCCCUGCGGGACGUCAAUUACUGCUUAUGUGUCAAAGAAACUAGAAACACUGGAACAACAGCAUCAUGAGUAUGUCAAGUUAGAGAAUCUACCUCUGGACAGAAAAACCUUUAUAGUCAAACAGAAUGAUGGCUACGUGGUCAAUAAAGUCAUCACACAAGGAGAGGAUGAACAACGGAUGGCACGGACAUUUAAACAUGAACACAUGGAGGGGUUCAUAUCAGAAGGGUCGAACCUGUUAUUGCAGAGGUUACUAGUGCGCAAGUGCCUUUCCACAAAAGCUGGCGUUCCAGACAAUCUGCAGUUUACAUCAUUUGAUUCUGAUACGAAUUUAUGCUCAGCUGUCUAUAAAACGCUUGAGGAAAGGAAGCAGUUUGUUGGUGAUGAUGAUUUGGAGGUAGUUGGCGUUGAAAGAACAAUAAACUCGCUGAGUGAUCUUCCCACCACAUGGCAGUCAUACUUUACAUUAGAUGGCCAUUUAUCGAAUCGGGUGCAAGUGGGAUCACCGGUCACCAUGAAGCUGGUCCGAGUACCAACACCAGUACAAGAAGAUGAAGAACCACCAAAGCCAACCUUCGACAAACAGCCUCUGAAUUGGGAAGAAGACAUGCAGCUCUAUUCGAAAUUCUUGGACAGAAAGGAGGAACUAAAAGGGGACCAUGCAGUGUACAUGCGACAUCAUCCAGAAUUGAGAGCUCUGCUGGCGGACUUCCUUCAAUUCCUGCUAUUACGGAAACCAGAUGACGUCUUAGCGUUUGCAGCGGAGUAUUUUGCUUCGUUUUCUGCACACGUACCAAACUCGUCACCGUACUUGAACUCAACACAGCAGACGCCUUUUGGAACACGCACCAACACUAAAGUUAGCAGCUCAGGACAGAAACCGUAAACAUGUUACUUUCAGACGACAGAAAAUGUGCAGUUUUCAUGACAUUAUUUUUGGUGCAGUGAGAUUCUGAGAAAAAAAACAUUUUGUAGGAGAUUGAGGCUUCAGGGAAGAGUUCUGAGGUCUCUUUGUUGUCCUUUUUAAAUGGCAGUAAUCUAUCCUUCUUCCAAAAUACCACUGGGUCAGGGUAGGGAAAAUAUAUCCAAUGCAAAUCCCUUCUUGUCUAAAGCAGUCGGUGAAGACUGUCUGUGUUGCAAACUUCCUCAUAUUGAAUUUAGUAGAGUAGCUGCUUUCCUUAGGGCAUACUCUAUGUCAUUGACAAAUGAGUAUGCUCUCUUGCUCGUAAGUCCCUUUGUCUCCAAAUUUACAGUACUCUCUUCUGUAACCAUCCAUUAUAGUCGGCUGACUUUUUGGCAGGACUUGAAUCCUGGUUGAAAUAUAGCAUGACCAUGAGUGUCUUCUUCUCAAUGUCUUCUUUAGGCCAUAUUCCUCCGUCUGAGAGUACAGUUUGACAUGUACACCGUUGCCCAUGGAUUCUCAGGGCGUCUCGGAUGAAGCAAAACAUCUUAUCUUUUGAUCUUGUCAAGUCCUGCACUCUUUUGAGGAAUAUAGUCAUUCGUUAUCGCUUCCAAUCGAAUAUUGCAUCAUCAGAUAUUUAUUUGAAUCCUUUUCUAGGUUUAGACUUUUGAUUGAAGGAACACCUUUCGAUAAACCCCUUUUCCUCUCGAUGUCUUAACUAUUUUCUUCCAUGAACCAAGAUGGGGCCAGUAACUAAGAAACACGAUAGUGUCCUAGAAUAGGCCAGUCUGGUGAAAGUGAUAUCUGGCUGAUUUGGAACUCAUCUGGGUCAUUCAAUCCGUGGGAGACGGCCGAGUUUAAUGUGAAUGACUCGAGUGCUUUUCAUGGCUACAUGGUUUUCCAUGGUUGUGAAUGACUCGAUUGCUUUCCAUGGCUGCAUGGUUUUCCAUGGUUGUACUGUUAUUGUAUUGAAUGGCUCCUGCAUAAUGUGUGCUUUUAACUAAACAGUAUUUGUACAUGUAUGUUUGUUGGUAGUUGUACAGAGAUUAAUAUAAGUUGACUUAAAGGGGGACUAUAGGCUGGAGCUGGAUGUGAUUCAUAUGCACAGUAAGGGGACUGGGUCAUGUUUUGUUUAGUGAUAAAUGUAUUCCUCAUGCCAGGGUCGAGGUGUCCUGAUUAGAGAGAUGAAGAAUAAUGGAAACAACCACUUUGGGACUAAACCUAGUGUCCUUAAUAGGGAGGUUGUCCUUAAUAAAGAGGUGUCUGCUAAGGGAGGUUUCACUGUACUGAGAGAUAGGAAAGACCUAGCUGCUGCCUAUAGCGUUCCUUUGUUUACAAUAUCAACAUGUCUAUUUAUGAAUAGGAGUCAAAAACCACUGCAAUCAAAACCCUGGCAUUGUUUUAUCCAAGAUCAUACUACUGAUACAUUAUGUGGGUAAACUUGCUGUUAUAUCACCCCAGUAGAAGAUUUAGGGGUGGCACAUUCUGCAAACCUUCCGUAUCAAUAAUCUAUGAGUGUGCACCAAUGUUCGUUAAAAUGCCAGUGUUCCUUUGUCCUUUAAAAUAAACCAAAUGUCUACACUAUUCUUUGUUGCAAAUUAUAUACAUGUACACAAUCAAACUUAAAGGGGUAUACGCUGUUUAUUUGCAUAUAUUUAUGGUAAAUCUAUUCCCUAUUUCUAUAUAUGGGGUAUUUCCACCAUGCUUUUUGUGCAGGCACUGGAAUGCCUGGACAAAUUUUUUUCCAUGUAAGCAAAAAGUUGUACAACUUGCUGAGAAUCAUAUUUAUUUGGACAGGCCUUCUAACUUAGCGAGUUUGCCUUGCAUGGGAGAAGACUGGGGAAAGUGUGCAUCACAAUAUCAAAACAGACCAAACAUUUUACUGGAAAACCUGCUCCUUUCUUUCAGUUUUCCAGGGCAAGGCAGCAGGAGUUAGUCAGGAGGCUAGUCCGAUUCUCGGAAAGUUUGGAAGCUAAUCAUUGCGGGUGAAUCCUGUACUGUAUUCUGUGUGUGAGUAGAGGUCCAGGUCAAUUUGACUGAAGAUUCCUGGUCUUGCAUUUUGCAAGACUGCAUAGAAUCUUUGGUCAUCUUGAGUGACAUGAAUUUGUUUGUAUCAUAGAUCACAUUGUGUAUACUUGUUAUUUGUACAGAUAUGAAAUAAGAGUAUUCUUUCAAAGAAAA